GGGGAGAGAGGUAAAUAGCCUUAAAUCGGAAGGGAGCUGCUUCUCUGUGGUCUUCCACAAGAGCUGCCUGGGCUCUGCUGGCUCAGUAAUAACUGAGUGACCUUUUCUUUUGCUGUAUUAUGUCUGGCUGGUAAGGGAUUGCAUUUUGCAGCUGAUAAAGCCCUGACUUCAUUCAACUCGGCUCCUCACACGCUGCUUUAGGUAAGUUGUCUUCAGCCAGGACGGAGACAGACAGCCUUGGACUGCAAGAUACUAAAAGGAGGACACCUGUAGCUCGGAUACGGUCAACACAAUUACUUGGCGGAUCCUUGAGGACCUCAUUAUUUUAAACUUAAAGAAUAGCGAUCUCCCUCCCCAUCUCUCCCACCCCCCCUUUAUUUUUUUUUCCCCAAACAAUGCUUCUUUUUGACCUUUCCCAAGGAGAAGAGCUACAAAGCAGCCACUGUGCUUAUUGAACUGCCUCCCCUGUAUCGCUUAAUUGAGAAGGUAUACAAAUGCUCUCAGUUCAGCCAGACACCAAGCCGAAAGGUUGUGCUGGCUGCAACCGUAAGAUUAAAGACCGGUAUCUUCUAAAGGCCCUGGACAAAUAUUGGCAUGAAGACUGCCUGAAAUGUGCCUGCUGUGACUGCCGCCUGGGGGAGGUGGGCUCUACUCUGUACACCAAAGCCAACCUUAUCCUUUGUCGCAGAGACUACCUGAGGUUAUUUGGUGUUACAGGAAACUGCGCUGCCUGCAGUAAGCUCAUACCUGCUUUUGAGAUGGUGAUGAGAGCUAAGGACAAUGUUUAUCAUCUGGACUGUUUUGCAUGUCAACUUUGUAACCAGAGAUUUUGCGUUGGAGACAAAUUUUUCCUGAAGAACAACAUGAUUCUGUGCCAGACAGACUAUGAGGAGGGUUUAAUGAAAGAAGGUUAUGCACCCCAGGUUCGCUGAUCUGAUGCCACAUCAUUAAGAAUACAAAGCACUAAGUUCUUUUAUCUUUUUUGCUCAACAUGUAUAUAAGAAAUGACACAGGAACCUACUGAAUAGCGUAGAUAUAGGGAGACAGAAUGGUUGCGUGAAAUAAAAGGCGGACUGCAUCUGUAUGUAGUGAAAAUUGCUCCAGUUCAGAGUUGAAUGUUAAUUAAAAAGGUACUGUACAUACAGCUGAAUUCUUUUUGCUUGCUAUUGGGAUUUUUGUUUUUUUUUUGUUGUUGUUUGUUUGUUUCUUUUUGUGUCAUUUGGCAUGAGAUGUUUAUUUUGGACUAUUGUAUAUAAUGUAUUGUAAUAUUUGAAGCACAAAUGUAAUACAGUUUUAUUGUGUUACCAUUUGUGUUCCUGUUUGCUUCUUUGUAUUGUUGCAUUUAGUACAAUCAGUGUCUAAACUUACUGUAUAUUUAUGCUUUCUGUAUCUACCAGCUAUUUUAAAUGAGCUGUAUCUUUCUAGUAAAAAGAAUUAAAGAGCAAAUCCCAACCCUUAUGCUACACUUAGAGCUUAAGAAUAAUGUUUACAUUAAAACUAUUUAGAAAACUAAUAACUCUAGCAGCACCUGCUGCUAAUGAUGCUAUGGUUAAGGGUCUAUCAGCACUUCUGUUAUAAGCCUCUAUUUUUCAGGGGUUAAGCAUCUGCUGUUUAAUUGCAUAGAUUUUCCUCAAAGAGCACUUUUAUUUUACUACAAAAUUUUCAAAAACAAAUCUGACUGGUUUGGGAUAUAUUAUAAAAAGUGCAAAAGUUAAUGAUUUGGGGUACUGCUUUUGUUCUUCUCAGGCAUUCAGAAUGCCUGGAUUUGAUUUUUAAUUUAGCUGGAAAUUAUGUCCUAAUGCAAACCAGUGCCUCUGGGUACCUUAUUUUAUAUAUAUAUAUAAAUAUAUAUAUGUUAUUUUUCUGAAUGCCUUUAAUUUGAGGGUGGGGAAGAAAGAGAGAGUACUUCUGUUUAUGUACAUUACAAAAAUUUCUUAAAAUUUGAUGUGAUUCUGCUUUUUUCUUCUCUCUCUCUCUCUCUUUUUUUUUUUUUUUUUUUCUUUAAAGUCAGGUUUUAACCCUGAAGUUUUCUGAGUUUGUGUCCUCAGAAAACCCUGGAAAAGUGUUCAACUAAAAGGCACUGUAAACAGCCCCCUCCAAGGGUCUAUUUACACUAAGGAAAGGACCCUGUGCUGACACUAGGAGAGUGGCUGGUCACUAGGUACCCACCUCAGUGAAUGCUGAAAGUAAUUUAAAUGCUGGCGUAGAUGGGACAAAACUUUGAAGUACCAGUGCAGAAAGCGAGAGCUACCACACUCAACUACACAGGUACUUUGCUGUCUACACCAACUUGCUACAGGUUUGUCCCAUCGAUACUGGCAAUUAAAAUCCUUUUGACAGAGGGGGAGUCACUCCUGACAGCUACUGUUGCCAGUCUGCCCAUUUUCUAGGAGAGUCGGACCUGUGUUUUUAAAGCCAUGAAGCUAUUGCAUCAGCAGGAUGUCCUUAAGUGCUCAUACCCCUGACAGAGCUUACAGGUGUUUGGCAAAGGAAAGCAAGAUGAAUGUUUAAAAAGUUGUUAAAUGCAUAUUUAAUUCUUUUCUCUUUGCCACUGUAAUCUAUCUCACCAGGAAAACAGCCUGCAUUUGAAAAACAACAUUAAAAACGAAAAAAAAAAACCAACACACUACAUCCUACUUUGCUAUGAAGCUGAGCUCUUGCUUUUAUUUAGCCUGAGAACCCUCAUCUCUGCUGAAGUUCAGUGCUGUCUUUCCUGGCUCUUCCUGUCCCAUUGUGCAGUUUCAACGUGUUUUUCCUGGGAUAGGGAAAGAAAUUUGUAAUGCAGUGGGGUAAUUCCUCUAGCGUGUGGUUUUAAGUACGAUGCUCAGUGGAUUGAUUUAGAAAUGGAUAUUUAGUUCUAAUGACUAUUGUUACAGUGUGGUUUUGUUUCUGGCUGUGAACCCUUUAAAAAUAAGCAUGGCUCACAACACUUGGCUUUACUCAUGCAGGACCAGCAAGACGUGAAUAGACUCGUCCAGGUUGCUAAUUAGAAGAAAUAGUUCCACAUAGCUUUUCAAAUUAGAUUUAGCCCUGUUUUGAGAGCUACCUUCCUUUCUAACCAUGAGUACAAGCCUCUCUUCCACUUCCUUCCACAGCCACUUUAUGUCUGAGACACUGAAGUAGCAGAGGUACUACUAGGCUCUUCCAGAUUCUCUUCAAGUGCAAUAAACUUUUUGUCCUCUCUGUGAAGGUGAGGAUGGCUGGAAGGGGAAAAAUACUAUCGUAUUUUGAUUCUGAUUUUCUCCUACAGCCAGUGUUGUUUCUUCCAGAUAGAAACCAGAAAGAGCUCUUUUCAGCUUCCCACUAGCAGACUACAGAGUAGACAGAAAUCCCUAGUCUGGAAAUAGGGCUGGGGAACAGGAAAUACAGGACCUUAGUUCUGUCUUUGACUUGCUGUAAGCAUGUGCAAGUCACUCAACUUCUCUGUGCCUCAAUUGUCCCCAUCUGCCAAAUGGGGCUAAUACAUACGCUGCUUUUGUAAAGCAUUUCAGCUCUUUAGAAAAUCAAGAGCUAUGCAUGCAAACGUUACUAGGACAUUCUGGGAAAUGCAGAGCAUUCAUACAUGCAGUAAGCAACCAUAGAUCUGAGCUGGGAGAGCACCAAAACCAACUAAUCCUGCAAAAGGUUUGUUGGGGAUGAAGGCAACUACAUACUAGUAGACCUAUACAUGCUCUAGCACUCUACCACAAAGUGCCAUUGCUCGGCUCUGUGCAGGGUAAGUGAAGAGAGUGGAAUGGAAAAACAGCAGCUCAUUGUUACAUGCAGUGUUACAUGUACUCUUACAUGCAUUUGUGCGUUUUGUGAUGUAUGCUCAAAAUGGGAAAGAGAAGGGUGAUCCUGCUGUGAAGGAAAAAAUACGACUCACUGUUCUAUCAGUCAAUUGAUGUAAAGAUAAAAAAGUGUUGAUAUAUACAUUUGAAGUGCUGCAAUGUGAUGGUUUGGCAUUGCUUUGAGCACUUUGAGUUUAUGUAUCUUAAUCACAUUGGUAUCUAAAAUUAGUAUGCAGAGGAUACAAAUUAAAUGUAAAUGUAAGGUAGGUCAAAGAUCGAUUACACAUUUCCUGAUAUUUCAAUCUUCCAUGUUGCCUAGCUUUUAAUAACUGGGGGUUAAUUAUUUAAUGGAAACAUUUACAACACCACUGCAAUAUAAUAUCAUAAGAAAAUAUUAAAAGACAGAUUAUCUGCCAGGCCACCUUAUUGAUCUUCUUGACUAAAGCCUAGACCAUUCCUUUGGGUUCCUUUUAUUUUUAUUUACCUUAGGUUUCCUUCUCCAUCACUGUGUGUCAACAUGCUCUAUCUGUAUACAGCAAAAUGUUCUGCUAGUGACCAUUGUUCAGUGUAUGCUUAUUUGCCAGACAAGAUUGUUUCCACUUGUAUCUACUAUCUUUAAAGUAUUUUAUCUCUGUCUUUACAGAUCUCUUAAGUUUAGCCAGUGACCAAAAAAAAAAAAAAAAUCACACAAAAAAAAAACAACCACCACAACCACAACUCACUAUUACUCUUGAGCUGCUGUUUUUUCAGCCAUGUGGAGAAGUACAUAUUAUCAGACCUUGAUUUUCCAUUGUAGAAAGCUCUGCCAACCACAGCCUGCUGUGUCUGUUAUGUGCCACAAUUGAUGAAGAAUCAAGACAGCCUGGAUUCUGCAGGAGCAAUGACCAGGGCUAAGAGUUGAUCUGUUCCAUAAUUGUACUUUUUAUCUUGCUUACUUUGUUUUCUUUUAUAAGCACAUCAUCUUACCUCUUCCUACGACCCUCCCAAAAUGCUCAAAUUUAUGCUCAUGUAAUGUAAAUAAAAUUCAUCCUCCACCCCCUCAAGAUGUUCUUAAUUGCCUACAUAUAAACCGACUUGAGAAAAAUAGAUUGAGAAGUGGUCAAUGAAAAGGGAGAAUGUGGGGGAAAGAAACAAACAGGGACUCUGGUAGGUUUUAGCCUGUACAGACAAAGUACUUUAAAGGCUUUUUUCAACAUAAUAUACAGCAGCUUCUUAUAAUUUUCUCAGCAGUAGGUAGUUUACAGUCAUCUGUACCUAGAACAAAUCUUGUCAAAAAUGAAGGUCUGUAGUGAUUGCUGGGUAUAAUUUUAUACAUUUAGCUGAUUCUUCUGAAAGCUUCCACUGUGCUGCUGUUGUCAGACUAAAUUAUCAAUUUAGCCAUUUGUUGUUUAAUGAAUAAAAAACUCCUAUGGCAUUGGAGAUGUUGUGGUUUCAAUAAAGCAAAAGCUUUAACAACUCAAACUACAGAAA